UCACCAUCAUCAUCCCUUGUCCCCUCUCUCGAAGCUUGCACAGAGACCAAACAAUCAAAAUUUUCUGAAAUUCUCCAAAUGGUAUUCUGUUUGCAAGCACCAAUGGCUUCUUCAGUCCCUUGUUCAUCAUCUUCAUCAGCUUCUCUUAGGAGUCGAACCUUUAAGACCCUUUGUACAAUCAACAGUAGAAACAGUGCUAAAAUUCCGAUGCCUCCAGUGAGCCCUAACGACCCUUUUCUGUCGAACCUCGCUUCGGCCGCUGCAAAUGCCCCGGAAGCAUUUCUUAAUCGGCCUACCAAUUCCGACACGCCUCCGUAUCUUGACCUUAUGGGCUCUCCCAAGCUCAUGGCUACACCUGCCCAGGUGGAAAGAUCCGUUUCGUACAAUGAGCACAGACCAAGGAGGCCUCCUCCAGACUUACCUUCAUUGCUUCUGCAUGGUAGAAUAGUUUAUAUUGGCAUGCCGUUGGUGCCAGCGGUCACAGAGCUCGUGAUUGCAGAAUUGAUGUACCUGCAAUGGAUGGAUCCCAAAGAGCCUAUAUAUCUUUACAUAAAUUCUACAGGAACAACUCGUGAUGAUGGUGAAACAGUUGGGAUGGAGACUGAGGGUUUUGCGAUUUAUGAUGCUAUGAUGCAAUUGAAGAAUGAGAUCCAUACAGUUGCAGUUGGGGCUGCUAUAGGUCAGGCAUGCCUCUUGCUUGCUGCAGGAAGUAAGGGAAAACGAUUUAUGAUGCCACAUGCCAAAGCUAUGAUCCAACAGCCCCGUGUCCCUUCAUCUGGGUUAAUGCCUGCGAGUGAUGUCCUUAUUCGUGCGAAAGAGGUAAUAAUAAACAGGGACACUCUUGCCGGUCUCGUCGCAAAACACACUGGAAAUUCUGUAGAGACUGUCGCUAAGGUGAUGAGAAGACCAUUUUAUAUGGAUUCAACAAGAGCUAAAGAAUUUGGUGUCAUUGAUAAGAUUCUUUGGCGUGGUCAAGAAAAGAUAAUGGCAGAUGCUGCUGCACCAGAGGACUGGGACAAAAAUGCUGGCAUCAAAGUUCUUGAUGCAGUUUAAACUUUUUCAAGUAAAAAAUCACACUGAUGUCAACUAGGGAAAGUCAAAUGUGGUGGACUACUGUUCAGAUUCUGUGGUUACAAGAUGAAGUUCAAUAUUAUUGAGGGCAUAUGGACUUGAUGAAGAGCACUGAAAAUGCAGGACCGAGAUAGCUAUCUGUUGUAACUUGUAAGCAAGAAUUCAUAAUGCACUUUUUGGACCGACAUUUGUUUAUUUUCCGGUGUGGAAAAGGUUCUUUCUUUUUCUCCCUCCUUUAUACUAAAUAGCAUGACAAUGUUCUUAUCGAACAAAUAACGGUACAUAAAGAGGGGUAAUUGUACACAAGAAGUUCUAGGAAAAAUGGGUUUUUAACCGCUAGCUAUAUCUCAAGUAUGGCCAUUAACAUUAUUGUUGGGUUGGACAUAUCCCUGACUCUGAGUUUCAUUUAUCAUAUACCCAUUGAAUUAUUAGUUCAACCAAA